AAGGUUCAAGGCGGGGCUCUGUGGAUGGGACCCGCCAGCCAAGGCGGGCGCAGCAGAUAGACUGAAACCCGUCUGCUGGCCCGCAUCUAUCGAUCAAUGGCCAGCCAAGCCAAUUACGGGCCUCACCUGUCCAUCAUCGAGAGCGAGCCAAAGGCUGCAGAACCCAUGGGGUGGUGGACCCGCCAGGAUUACAUUUUCGACGAGCUGUUCCUCAAGAAGAUGUGGAGCAGAGCCGAGGCGCUCGAAUAUGUGAAAGGAUAGCCGGUCAAAGGCGAAGGCAAGAAGUUGCACGUAAAUAUGUUCCGCCAGUUUCUGGAAAGAUUCCAUUCAGUCCUGGGCGUGAAGGAGCCGAACAUGAACGUCGAGCAGUUCGGGGCUACUUCAUCGAGCGGCUCUGGCAAGGCUUACCUGACAUGGACCGAUCUCCGCAAAGUGUUCGAGGCGGACAGCCACGACUCCAGCAUUCCCUGGAUCAGGCUGACCUUCGCCGAGAAGUGCAACUUUGUCUUCGACGGGCGGUGCAGCUCCGUGUUCGACGGGGGUCAGGGGCAGGGGCAGGGCGAGUCCUAUCUGAGCUGGACCGUCGGCCUCGUCGUCUUCGUCGCCAUCAUCAUGAACGUGGUUCAGAUAUUCGGCGUCGUGGACGAGAGGGUCGGGGACAUCUGCGCCAUCAUUUUCUCCGUCGAGUACGUGUGCAAGUUCGCCGUGGCCCCCUUCUGCAGGUACAACAUAUUCAACGAGGACGUGCUCCUGGAGAAGGUGGUGCUGGACCCCAAGGACGCGGAGGGCGUGGUUACUGUCUCCAUGACCAAGUGGGACCGCGUCGUGAAAUUUUUCUUUACGCCCAUGAACCUCAUAGAUUUCCUUUCGAUCUUGCCCGCGUGGAUUGAUUUCGUGCUCAGCCUAUUUGCCACGGGCGACGACAGCGAUGACGGGGUAAACUUGACGUUUUUGCGAGCUUUGCGGUUGUUUCGGCUCUUCCGCAUCUUGAAGUUCGGCAAAUUCAGUUCCACAUUGACAGUGUUGGGAUACACCAUCGGCAACAGUGUGCAGUCCAUCGGCGUAUUGUGCUUGUAUAUUUUGAUGAUCGCGAUGCUUGCGGGUGCGGUGAUCCAGCAGCUCGAGUACCCACAGGAUCUCCCACCAGAUGACGAAGAUCUGCAAAAGGCUUUCGUAUCAGUGCCGAUGGCGAUGAAAUGGGUUGCUGGCCGCAUGGUCACCAUGCAGCACAGCACGCCAGAGAAGAAAGCUCUUCCUCAAAACUUGGUCAGCUCGUUCAUCAUAAUAUUCUUGGGUCUGUUCAAGGGUGUGAUCUUCGUUCUACCGAUCGCAACUAUCACGACAGCAUACAAGGAAUCGAGUACAAAGCUCGACGAGCAGCAGAAACUACAGCAAGAGGUAGAGGAGAACAGGCUGACGCCUCUCGGACUGGAGUGGUGCAAAGAUCCUACCGCUCCUGCGGCGCGGAUUGAGAUCGUGGAAGAUAUCGCCCAGGGCUCUGCACCACAGGGAAUAGGAUCAAUAAAUCUACCAUUCUACAUAGACGGCUGGGAUCGCAAUCGGAUCGUCAAGUUGUGGGUGCCCGUUGUUGGCGCGCUGAAGGGCCGAUGGAGCAACCACCCGGGCGUUGAAGUCAAAUUGACUUGGACGCCUGAUGAAGACUCGAAGCCGAAGGAAAAAUUUCCGAAGGGAACGUUGAAGGUUCAGGUGAUUAGAGGCGCGAAUUUCGUUGCCAAAGGUGGCAUUCGUUGGCGCGUUGUCGUGGAAGUUCCAGUCAAACUGCAUCCCACGGAGCGCAAUCAGAAUGACCACUUGGACCGGAAGGAGUUUCAGCACGUUGGGGGAGACAAAUCAGCACCCGAGUUCGGCAACGAGCAGGUGUUCGCUGUUCGCUGGGAGCCGAAGGUGCCCAGCAAGAAGGGAGAGGAGCUGCGGCAGAAGGAGGUCCUGGACUUGCUAAAGGAACAGGGCCAGAAGCUCCAGACGCUCGAGUCCAAGGUGAAAGGGUGAUGCGCAGCGUCCCACGGACGGCAAAGUUCCCGUCUUGGCCUUUAAGUUGUCGCGCAGUGGAGCUCUAGCGUUAAGUCGGGCGAGUCCCUCUACAGGAGGAAUAUUCAAAAAUAGGGGGCAGGCCCGACUGAACUCUAACGUUCCGAUGCUUCAGGAAGUUUAGUAGAGCCGAGUGGAGUCCCCAUCUGACUGUGUCUGAAGGAGUCUCGGGUCUGCGUCGCUUGCAGCUCGUGUGUAUGGGAUAGUUCCAGGCGUUACCGUCGUCACGUCCCGAUCGGGUACUGCACUGCGUUCUUUGCACAUGUCGCAUCCGCGCCUCGCUUCCCAUGCCAUCCCCCCACGAGAGUCCAGGCGCUGCUUGAGGAGCACGGCAAAGAGGGAAGGCGAAUCGCAGGGCUCCGGAGAGGCUUCCCACAUUGUCUUCUUCGACAUCGAGAGAGGGGACAAGGACAUUGGGCGCGUCACGCCUCACGGGUUCUUCCG